GGAGGUUUCACGUUUGAACGUCUCUCGAACGAACACAGACGAUUUCCACGGAAAAGCGCAAUGUGAAAGCCAAAAAAGACUAGAAAUAGCCUGGCGUGACGUCCCCACACAGACGACAGACAGCAGAACGAUUAGCACCGUCCGUCAGUAGCGGACUAUAGCCAACCGAGAGAGGAUCUAACGCCUAACCGAACGAUCUUAACUGAUCUUCAAGUGUGUCUAGCCUAAGAAGUGUUACGAUCUAAAAAUGCCAACAUUCCAUUGCUAAAACGAAUUAUAAAACAUCAAAAAUCAAAUAAAAAAGAGAGAUCAUAGAUUCAACAGCAGGUGGUUGUGUCGGAAGCGCGAGUGUCAAGUCUCAAGUGUCUCAAAAAACCCAAGGAUGUGUUUUUAACAAUCCCCAAAACGCCCGAUCUUCGAGCUGUGUAGUAUCAACCCGUGAAGAAGUAUCCGCAGUGGUUUUUCGUGGUUCGCGGGGACCAUGCCGGUCAUUGCCGAUGCCGCCAGCGAUGAGCCACCAGCAAAAUGUUGCAAACAUUGUGAGGAGUCGACGCAAAGCGUGGACGGCGGACCUGCAUCGUGGCGUUUAACGCUCGAUCAGGAUCUAAUUGACACGCUCAAGGGCAACUUUCCCAGCUGGUUCCAGGGCUCAGCAGCCGGCGGAGGAGGAGGAGGAGCAGGAUCAGCAACCAGCAAGCAGCAUUCGCAUUCGCAUACGCAUACGCACUCGCAGCAGCACAAUCAUCAUCAACUGGCCCAGCAGAAGCAUCACCAACUGGUGGCCACCAGUGUCAUACCCAUAACCAUUGACACCAAGCUAGCCGCCAGCAGCAAUACAAAUACACUCCAGCAACAGCAGACGGUCAUCUUGAGCCACAGCUCGUCGUCGUCGGCCUCGCCCGCCUCGUCCGUCAGUUCCAACUCCUCGAAGAAGUCCAUCAGCAGCAGCCUGAGCAGCUGCAGCAGCACCAGUAGCAACAGCAGCAGCUGCAGCAACUCCAACUCAAAAUCCAGUUCCAGUGGCGCCAAGGGAGCCGGCGGUUCAGCGACGGCGAGCAGGUUCCUCAACAAAUCCACCUCGACGUCGCCCACCAAGAGUCUCUCGCGGACCCUUAAGGCCACCACCCAUAAGACGACCAACGGCAGCAGCCAGAAGGUCGGCCAGCUGGUCAAGUCCGCCUCGCUGCACAGCCUGAGCAGCGGAAGUAGCGGAAGCAGCGGGAGCAGCAGCGGAAACAGUGCCAGCGGCAGCUCCUCGCUGCUGGCCACCAUCUCCACAUCGCCGCUGACCACCGUCGAGCUCAUCUCGAGCGCCGCCUGCAGUGGCCUCCUGGCCACCAGGCUCAGCGGCAAGGCCUUGCACACCUUUCAGGACAUAAUACUGCUGCACGAGGCCUACGACGACAUGUCGGAGGGUGAGCAGCGUUUGCAUGCUACGUUUCUGGGCAGCAGCGAUGAUGGUAACAACUCGGAUUGUUACGAUGCCAGACAGUCGCCGCCAAAGGCCAUUGUGGAUUCCAGUCCGCUGCAACCGGCCAUGGACAAGAACAAAGAAUCGCUCAAAGUGAAGCUCAUGGUGCGACGUCCACAUUCGCAACUCGUCGAGCAGGGCAUCAUACCAUCUCUGAAAACCUCGCCCGCUAUUCACGAACAAUGCAAGCAACUGGAGCGCGCCAAGACGAGCGAUCUGCUGAAGGCCAAGAUCCAGCAGCGGCCGAAUCGCGAGGAUCUGGAGAGGCUGCACAUCCUGGAGGAGGACGAGUGUCACAUCGAUCCGAGUUUGGCGGAGAAGCAGCGCAUGCUGAAGAAGGCUCGCCUGGCCGAUCAACUCAACUCGCAGAUCCAGCAUCGUCCUGGUCCACUGGAGCUGAUCAAGAAGAACAUCCUGCACACGGAGAAGCCCAUCGAGAAGAUCGUCAAGGAGGGACUCGUUUCGUUCAAGGCCACCAGCGAAGGUCUGCUCACGCGGCCCCAGCAUCCGCACAGCUAUAUAACCUUUGAUGAGGACUCGCUCAGCUCGGAGAGUGAUACGCGGCAGACGCCGCCGCGUUUGGAUGAGGCAAUGGUGGUGGCCACCAGUGCUGCUCCCUCACCCACCGAUGUGCUGCAGGCGGCGGCUGCCUCGGCGGGCAUUGUGACGAUGGCUUUGACCAUGCCCACAGCUGGUCAACUGGUGGUCAGCUCACCGCAAAUGCUUCCACAGCCACCGAAGCCAGUGGUGGUGCCUGCACCAGUGCCACCACCUCCGCCGCCGCCACCACCGCUGCCAGUGACUAAUUCCGUAAUAAAAGUGAAGCAGGAGACGGCCAAUCUGUUCGAGGAACUGUGCCAGAGUGUGACGGGCACGCUGAACCACCAUCAUCAGUACCUGCCCAUGCUGGCAUCGCCCUGCUCGCUGGCCUCAAGCACCUCUACUCUGAGUCCCCUGUCCUCCAUCGCCUCACCGCCACCGCCACCGAUGACGAGCAGCAGCACAACACGUUUGCAUCUGCAGCCCGUUUCCCUGAAGUCCGAUGCUCCCGGGAAGGAUAAGAACAGGAAGAAAUCCAAGUCGAAGCCGGUGUCCAAGGCGCGAACCAUUAAAUUCCACGAGUACAAGGGACCACCGAGUGCCGCCGGCCAGAAGCAGGAUCAAACGCAGCCGGAGGAGACCUCCUAUCAGCUGAUGUUGGAGCAGCAGAACUGUCUGCUCAAGUUCCUGGAGAACCUCAACAAGAAUCAGUCCAUUAUACCUCCUCCUCCUCCUCCGACGGCGGCUGCGGGUGUUAUGAUUCCCACAGCUGGAGCUGGAGGAGUUCCUGGUGCGACGAAUAACAACAGCAUAACGGUAACCACGAAGACAGUGCCCGCUUUGGCUUCCCAAUCCGCUCCAGCGCCGGCGCCCAUCAGCCUGCCCAAUACGAUUUCCAUAACGAGCAGUUCGGGCGGAGCUCCUUUAAAUUUUGGCGAUGCCAUGCUGACCACGCCCACGCCGGCGGCUACUCCCACGCCGCCCACGCUGUCGCUGAUUGCCACACCGCAGCAGCAUCAUCAACCGAUGGCUGUGCAGCAACAACAUCCGCCACCACUGCCCUCGCCGGCGCUUUCGAUCAGCUCCUCGAUUCCGCCCAGUCCGGCCACCAGCUAUGCCGAAUCCUCAACGAGUUCGAUUACGGAUCUAACCCGUCUGGAGAAGAUGAAGGUUUCGGAUCUGAAGCAGCAUCUCAAGCGCAGGAAUCUGCCGGUAUCGGGACCCAAACCUCAUCUUAUUGAGCGGCUGAAACCUUAUCUUCCUUUGGAGCCACUGGAAAGCAAUGUGGUUGCCACUUCUGCAUCCAAUGCAACAACAGAAGUAAUCACCAUCAGCGAUGCCAUGGACACCAGCAACUGUGGUCUGGUGGAGCAGCCGCCGCCGCCGGUUACCAUGUUGGUUACCGAUGGCAUGGAGCACGAGCAGAUGGAUGUGGUGCAGCAGCAGCAGCAGCUGGAUAACACGCAUCCCAUGACGCUGCAGACCAUUCUGCCUCCACAGCCGCAAACGGCCACCAUCAUACUGACCAACGAGGAGCUGCUGAGGGAGCAGCAGCGCAAGAUUGACGAGUUGCAGCGACAGCUGCAGCGAUCGCAACAGGAGCUGCAGAAGAUUCGCCAGCGGCAGCAGCAGCAGCAGCAGACGGUCACCGCUCAGGUGGUGAAUGCUCUGCCCACGCAGCAGAUUACUCUUAUUACUACCACUUCCAAUGGGCCGCAGCAAACGCUGACUGUAAUGCCACAGCAACAGCAGCAGCAGGUGGAGAAGAGCAUUCCCGCCAAGGUGACGGUUAAGGCUAACAAUUCCAGCCAUAAUAGCCAUAAGGUGAAUGGUUUGCAACAGCAACAGCAGGGAUCCGCAGCCAAGAAGCCAGCCAGCAACGUUUCCUCAACCAAUCCGCCGCCCAUCAACCAGAAAAUGGUGGUCAAGCAGCAGCUGGAGGCCAAAAUCCAGAAGCAAAAGGCAGCGGCAGCAGCAGCCGCACAGCAGCAGCAACAGCAGCAGCAACAGCAGCAGGCACUGCAACAGCAACAACAGCAGCAGCAACAGGUGCGCCUGCUCACGCAAAAGACACAAACUGUACUCAUUCCAUUCAACAACAACAAUCACAUAAACAACGCUCCUGCCAAAACAACAACAACAACAGCGAAGAAAUCCAAUGUGCCAGCGAGCAAUACAAAUACCACGAUAUUGCAAGCAGCCAAGCCGACGGCGGUGGCGGCAACAUCGCAACAACAGCAGCAUCACAAUAACCUGGGACUGCUGUGGAACGAGGGCAAUCAGACCAUAUUCCUGGUGGGUCUGAACGAUCAGCACAUGACGGCGCACACGUUGGGCAACAUAAGUUUAACGGCCACCACAACAACAGCAGCACCUCAACCUCCUCCACCAGCAACAGCAGCAGCAACAGCAACUCCUGUUGCUCAGCCCAAGAAGCUGCUGAAUGGCCACCAACGCACAAACUCCCUGCCCAGCAUUGUUUUCCCCAUCGAAGCCAAGUCCAUCAUCACGCAACAGCAGUUGCAACAGAUGCAGCAGCAGCAAUUCCAGCCUGUCCAACAGCAGCAGCAGCAACUUAUCCAAGUGGACAUCAAACCCACGCCAGCACCUCCACCGCAGUACGAAGAGGCCACCAAGCAGCUGGCGGCCAGCAAGGCGGCCGCUCUGAAUGGCCUCCUGCCGCUGGUGAAGAUCAAGGAGGAGCCGGUGCUCUCCCCCGCUCCUGCUGCAGCUCCUCCCCCGCUAAACAAACGCAAGUCGGCGGGCAUUAAAUCCGAACAGGUCAGCGAUGUUCUGGACAUACUCAUCAAGCAGGGCGAACUGCCUGAGAGUGCCGCUCUGGAGCCCAUAACGCCGCUGCCUGAACUAACCAUGUUUAAUGGCCAUGUGGCCACGCCCACAACGGCGGCGGGUGGAGCCAGCAUAGUGCCGCUGGUGCCCAAGUUGGAGGCUCCAGCGACGCCUGUCCAAACUCUCGACAUGGCCAUGGAUACGAAUGAGCAGCAUGUCACCUUCACCACUCAGCAGCAGCCGACGACGAAUCAUGGUUUUAUCGAGAACAUAGACAUGGGCUCGCCACUGCAGGCGGAUUCAAGCGCCAUCGAUGCGGAGAGCGUGGCCAAGACCUUGGAUAUAUUCCUCGAGCAGCAUCAUGCCACUCCGCCGCCGAGUACGCCGCCCAAAAGCUGCCACAGCGAGAAGCCCAACAGUCCGGAUGCCAAGCUCAAUCACUUUGAUGAGUACGAGCUGCUCGAGCUGAUGUCGCAGCAACUGGAGAUGGACAUGGGCGACGACUCCAGUGGCUAUUGUCAUAGUUCGGAGGUUAAGAACAACGGCAGCAGCAAUAACAACCUGCGACGCGAUCUCAAUCCCAGCCUGCAGCCGUCCAUCAACGAGCUGCUGGAUGCCAGCAGUCCGGACAGCGUGCUGCUGAACAACAACAAUCCGGGUGCCGCCGAUGUGGACUUCGAUGCGGAUAGCUUUGUGGCCCAGCUGAGUCAGCAUGUCACCGGCGGCGGCGGCAAUGGCAAUAGUCCCGGGGUUAAUGGCUCCCUGGAAUCCUCGUCGUCCUCGUCGGCGAUGAACGGGCAUUUUGGCAGCCAUGGCACACCAAUGGAUUGCGAUGAUUUCGAGAGCACACUCAACUCUUUCAUGCAGGCGGUCACUCAACCGCAGGCGGGACAACACGGCGAAUACGCAACGUCGACGGGGAUGGUAAAUGGAGCAGGAGGAGGAGUAGGAGUAGGAGGAAUGGGCGUGGACAAUGGGAGCGGCGGCAGUGGAGCAGUGGACGCCUUCAAUGCCAGCGGCGAUAUAUUCGAUCUGUUCAACAUGGACGACUACAAGAUGAACUGGGCAGCGGGAGAUUUUACUGUCUAAUUUUCAAAAACUCACAUCUAUAUAUUUCCCCAAACUUUGUUCCGUAUCGAAAAAAGAAAAAACAAACACACAAUCCAGCGUGGUGCUCACUUUUCUCAAAAUAUUCCUGAAGAAUUCGUUUCGAAGAAAGCAAACACACACAAAACAAAACAAAAAUCCUAUUUAUUUUCUAAAUGCAUUUAAAACAUUUGAACGUCAGUUGAAAUUUCGAAACUUUACUAUUUCCAAGAAAAACAAAAAACAAUGCCAAAAUUGCCGGGAGUAACACUCCAAAAAACCAUACUUUUGCACCCUUUCCUAUAUAAGCAAGAAAAACAAAAAGAAAAACCACAAAAAACAGCCAAAACAUUUAGAAAAGGAUAACAAGUAAAACUUAUCAUAAACUAUCAUUAAAACGUAAGCCUAAACAAAACAAAAACCAAACAGAAAAUGUUGUAAAGAUCGAUAAAGAGAGAAAAGCAAAAAACAAAAGUACAUGUUUCUAAUGAAGGUCAUUCCAAUUUGAGAAUAAUGCGAGUGAAAUCUAACUAACUAAAACCGAAUGGAAGAGAAUGAAUGAGUUGAGUCCAGGAUGAUGAGGAUCAGGAUCAGGAUCUGCAGAAAAUGAAAAAGAAGGAGAGAAAGCGGCAAAAGGAAAACAGAGAAAAUAAGCUAAAGAAAAAAUUUAUGAAAAUCGUAAAAAAAAAUUAUAUUCUUGUUGUGAGAACGACUCUUAAGUGAAACACAUUCAGUAAUUUUGUUUUAAGUUCUAUUUAAAAUGAAAUGAAUUAAAUUAUUUAAAGCCUACGCAGUGCUUAAUUCUAAUUCUAAAGCGAAAUUAAAUUAAAUAUUUUAAACACAAUUUGAGAAGUAUUUCCUGCAAGGAAAGAAAAAGCCUUUAAAGUAGUCGAAGCCACAAAACCAGUUAAAUUAAUAUAUUUAAACUCUGAUCAAUUUCAUUUUAAAUGCUAGCAAAAAUAUAUAUUCAUAUUUUUCUUUUUGUUUUUGCAUUCUUAGGCACAGCGAAUUCCGUUACUUAAAUUAAUUCUAAAGAAAAUAUAUUAAAAACAAUUAAUUUAGCUACUUCGUAAAGAGUAUAAUUCAAUAUCCUGCGGCGUGUACUUAACGCACACUUUUUGUAACCGUGUCUAACGCAAUUCGGAAUUGUAAUCGUUCACCUUUUGUAUGCAUACAUAUAUUCGGCUAAGUGUAUUUUGUAAAUUGAGAGAGCAUGCCAAGCAUUCGGACAUAUUUUUGAGUGUAUAGGGCUCAAUAAAAUAAAUUUUAAAUGUAAUUACUAAGCGAAGGACACAUUUCAUUAGGAAACAGAAAACCAAAACUAGAGAGAAACCCCAAUUCAAAAUUGCAAAAUGCGAAAGGAACUCAAUACACCAAUAAAUAUAUAUAUAUAUAUUUUUGUAUAAGCGAAUUAUAUAUACUCUACGUUUAGAUCUAGUCUAAAAUUUCACACAUUUCACCCGCAGAGCAAAAGUUAAUCAUCACUCGACACACUUGUUUACAUUUGCAAUAAUCUGAUUUAAACUUGGAUUGUAAGCUUAAAGUAUACUUAUUAUCAUCGACGCGCUUUAAACACACAAAAAGAGAAACGUUUCCAUUAUAACAAUUCAUAUAUUAAUUUAAUGAGUACGUUUAUUGUUAGUAUCAAACUUAAUUACCAUAACUAAGCUUAUUGUUUGAUUAAUUCUAAAUUUAAUUACCUAAAUAUCUAAUUUAAUAUGUUGGCUUGAACAAUUUUUGUGCGUUGCGUUUAAAAGAGAUUUCAUUUAAAUACAAUACCAGAAUAAACUGAAUCACGUCAUAUGAACUAUGUGUAAUUUUUUUGCAACAAAAAAGGAUAAAAGUCUAUAUAAUAAAUAAUACAUG